AUGCUUUGGCUUCUCAUAUCGUUCAUCUUGGGAAUCGUUUCACAUAUAAUUUACAGUAAAAUUAAAACGUCAACACAAGUAUCUACAGAUGUUCCUCAAUAUGAUCAUGCCAUUAUUAUUGGAGGUAGUAUUAGUGGAAUGGUAACUGCGGCUUACUUAACAAAAUAUUUCUCUCGAAUCACAAUUAUUGAAUCAGAUGAUGUAUUAAAUCAUGAAUUAAUGAAUUUCACACCUGAAGAAUUACUAAAUUAUCGCUGUCGCGAUAAAAGUCCAUCAUCACUAGGACGAUCAGGUGUUCCUCAAAUCUAUCAGAUCCAUCUAAUGGCAGCUGGAGGACAACUUAUAUUGCGUGAAUUAUUUCCUCAACUUGAACACAAAUUAAUAAAUAAAUACAAUGUUCGUUCUUAUUCAUUAAAAAAUGAAUCAAGACUCGUUGUUAAUGAUGUGUUACUAAAUCAAAAUUUAACCGAAGACUUCAAAUGGUUAGGUAUUGAUCGUUUUACGCUAGAAAUAGAAAUUAGAAAAGAAUUAUGUUUACAAUAUGGACAUCAAAUUCAAUGGAUAUGUAAUUCAAAAGUUACACAACUCAUUGUUGAUCAAUCGUUAAGUAUUGUUAACGGUGUUAAAUAUCGUUCGAAACAAAAUAUUGAUGCACCAGCAGUAGAUCUGUAUGCCGAUUUCAUUAUUGAUUGUAGUGGCCGAAAUUCCUUAUCAAUGAAAUGGUUAGAAGACGAUUUGAAUUUAAUUAUUCCAACUGAACAAAUACAUUUUGGUUGUGGUUACACUACAUUUGUUGGUGAAAGAAUGAAGACUGGAGAUUCAUUGUUAGAUUCAAAGCCUAUUAUUGGUUGUACAGCUAAUAGUCCUGAAAAAAAUAAUGGUUGGUUUAUAAUUCCAAUACGUACAAUAAAAACAACAAAUGAAAAUUCAUUAGGUACAAUAUCAACAAUUGCAAUAAAUUCCAAUAAUUCAGAAUAUCCACCAAUUGAUUCCUUUGCAAAUCUAUUAGAAUGGGUAAAAGAUAAUCUACAUUCAGACUUUUAUACGAUUUUACAAUCAACAAAAGUACAUGGUCCAUUGGCUACAUAUAAUGGUCCAAUUGAUUAUCGGAAAUAUGUUGAAGUAUUAGGAAAAAAAUGGCCUGAAAAUUUUGUAUUAUUAGGGGAUGCAAUGUGCACAGUUAAUCCUCAAUUUGGUCAAGGUAUGACACAUGCAUGUAGACAAGCGAAAGAAUUAGGAAAAAUAUUUGCAGAAAAUCGUUAUAAAUUAAAUGAUAUUUCUCAUAUUUAUAAUAAUCGUGCUUCAGCAAUUAGUGAAGAAUGUUGGCUUGCUUCAACUGCAAGUGAUUGGAAAACAUCAACAUUAAAAGUGAUCAAAACUGAUGAAAAUGGUGAGACGACAACAUAUCAACGAAACAGAAUUUUUACGGCAACUAAGGAUCAUCAAUUAAAAGCACCUUUUCUAUUUAAGAUUAUGCAAUGGUAUACGUUUUGGUUUCUACAAUGCGCAGCAAAAUCUGGAGAAUUUACUACAGAAUUUCAACAUGUUAUGAAUCAAUGUAGUAGUCCAUUUCGAUUAUUCAAACCAUUAACAAUCUUAGCUGUCUUUCAUACUGCUUUAAAGUAUUACCUCGGUUUCUCUAAGAAAAUAUUUUUUUUUGAAUCUGAUUUUUAA